GAAACUAACUUGCAUAGAGACGAUGGUGGUUAGCCAGUAAAAGCUAACUGGAGUAGCUAGCAAAUUGUUCUCCGUCUGUCCUUUCUGGUCGUCUGCGCUUGUUUACAAGUGUUAACUGCAAUAGUGGAGCAGCGGCUCUGGGGGGAGUUUCCUGUCUCACCGCAGGAAUGCCGGGUGGAGAGUAUGGGGAGCUUGGGGGCAGUCUCCCUGCCAUCGCCUCCCUGAACGCUUCCUACUCUACUUCUCUGUCCCUCCCUUCCCCGUACCUGUUCGUACCACCUGCAGAGCGCAGGCUCAUCUCUGAUGUCCGGCGCACCUUCUGCCUCUUUGUGACGUUCGAUUUGCUCUUCAUCUCACUCCUCUGGAUUAUUGAGCUGAACAUCUCCAGCACAAUCUGGGACAGUUUAGAAAAUGAGGUUGUCCGUUAUAAGUUCAAGUCUUCCUUCUUUGACAUCUUUCUCCUCGCUGUGUUUCGUUUCCUGUGUCUACAAGUGGGUUAUGCUGCUUUUCGGUUAAAGCAUUGGUGGGUUAUUGCGAUUACCACUUUAGUGACCAGUGUCUUCCUUGUUGUCAAGGUUAUCGUAUCUAAUCUCCUAUCCCAGAAUGCCUUUGGCUAUGUUUUGCCCAUCACCUCUUUUGUGGUGGCCUGGCUGGAGACCUGGUUUCUUGACUUCAAGGUGCUCACGCAGGAAGCAGAUGACGAAAGAGCUUACCUAGCAGUGGUGAACGCAGCCUGUGAACGUGCCCCUAUGAUCUAUCCCCGCGCCGUUUCAGACGGACAGUUCUACUCUCCACCUGAAUCUGUCGCAGGCUCUGAAGAGGAUCUGGAUGAGGAGGGUCUCGGGCGCAGAGCUGUCACUGCUCAGGAGAAGGAGUACGUUAGACUGGGUCGUGAGGCCAUGUCCGUGGUGGAACAGAUCCUAGCCCAGGAGGAAAACUGGAAAUUUGAAAAAAACAAUGACAUGGGAGACUCUGUCUACACCCUGGAGAUUCCCUUCCAUGGAAAGACUUUCAUUCUCAAGGCCUUUAUGCAGUGUCAGGCUGAGCUUGUGUAUCAGGAGGUAAUUCUGCAACCAGAGAAAAUGGUCCAGUGGAACAAAACGGUUUCUGCCUGCCAGAUCCUCCAGAGGGUUGACGACAACACUCUCGUAUCAUAUGACGUCUCUGCUGGAGCAGCAGGGGGAGUUGUGUCUGCGAGGGACUUUGUUAAUGUCCGACGGGUGGAGCGCAAACGAGACUGCUACCUGUCUGCUGGCAUGGCAACCGAACAUGACGCCAAACCCCCGAGCGGUCGCUACGUCAGGGGAGAGAAUGGUCCAGGAGGAUUUGUGGUCCUCAAGUCCAGCAGUAACCCGUCCGUCUGCACUUUCAUCUGGAUCCUCAACACAGACUUGAAGGGUCGUCUGCCCCGCUACCUCAUCCACCAGAGUCUGGCCGCCACCAUGUUUGAAUUCAUGUCCCAUUUACGCCAACGUAUCGCUGACCUGCGGCCCUCUCACCGCUCCCACCACCACCUCACUUAAAACAGGAGAGACAUCAAACUGUGCCACAGCUGGUUUGGAGGUAUCACUACUGUUUUUUUUUUUUUUUUUAAAGUAUAUUGAACCCCAAAAAAAGGGGCGUAGCUGUACCCUUGUGAUGCAGCUAAGCUGAAGGGAUGUGCUACAGUAACAGAAAAGACUGCACUUCUAAGCAUUGGAGAUGUGAGACAUGUGACCGCACAUUUCAGGCACAUGAGAAGAGGAGUAAUGUGCUUGUCAAAGACAAUGUUGCUCCUUAUUAUUAAACUUCAUCAAUGUUAUUUUUUAUUUUAAGUGUGAUCACAAACAUAUUUUUGAGGUGGACCUGUAAUUAUUUCGCCAUGUCUCUCACCGUGCAAUGAGACCUGUUUUCUGAAGGCAUCUCAUGGCAGGGUGGACUUUACUCAAACAUGAAGACUCAGAUGAAGAUGGAUUGAUCCUCAGUGUGUGGGCAUCUAUUUUACUUUUUACAAAAGAACAGACGCAACGGCUUGACUGAGCCUUAUCUUACUGCACACGUUGUUAGCCAUUGAUUUGCUGCUUUUUUUUUUUUUGUCUGUUUUCACUGAAAUGGCUUAAUUAUGUUUCUCUGGUGCACCUGCCCUAAAACAAACCCACAAUUCACAGCCAUAUCUUCAAGAAACAUGUAAUUUGAAUGGGUAAAAGCUGUUUUCCACGAACUUUAUUUUCCCUAACUACACUGUGAUUAGAUGGGGAAAGAAGUCACUCGCUGUCAAAGUGCCACUAGAGGGAGACACCACUGAUCCAACCAGCGAAAGGCUCUCAGUUUGACCUCAUCUCCUGUAUCAGGGUGCAAAAAUCUAUCAGCUAACAUUAUUAGUUAUCGGCUAUUACAGAGGGUUUUUAAACACUGCGUCUGUUUUGCUCUUUGAAAUCAGGCAGGAGGUCAAACCAAGUAUCAAAUCAGGUUAGUGUUAGUUAGUGUUGCAGAUGCAUUAGCAAGCUCAGUUAAAAAAGAAAAAACCAAGAUGAUGGAACUGCUCAUAAAUUAGGAUGCUGGAUGCUGUGCACUGACUAAUGUCAUCGUUUGUGCCAUUAACCUCAAGUGGCCUUGUGGUAAAAACAAAAAACAAAAACAAAAACAAAAAAAAAGUUACUACUGUACUGAUAUGACAUUAGUACUGGGCUCCCCUCAGGCUUGAGAUGCGGUGCUGAAUGAGGGUUUUCUGUCAUUUCUUACAUAUGAAGCAUUAUAUUAUGUGUUUAAUCUUUUAAUGAUAUCACUUCCAGCUUAUUAAGUUUUCUGCACCUCAGUGUUAUGACGAACCUCAGAAAAAUGUCUGAAAUCCUGUUCAAAUUAUGUGGAGUCGAACCAAAGAGAGCAAAUUAUUCUGCUUUUUAAUCUUGAGAAAUAUGGCAUGAAGACACUUAGUCAAUAUUUCUAUGGAGCAUAUUUAUGGCUGUAACUGAUGCUGUGAAUGACCACAUCACACUCACAACAUGGCUACUACGGCUUCGAGGCAUUUUAAUUUGUCAUCUGUGGAACCCUGAAAGGAUUCUUCUUCAUGAAGUCCAGAGUAUGUGCUUAUUGAGAUUUGGCUGGGUGCUUUGUCAACAGAAUCUUUUUCUUUUCUUUUUUUUUUUUUUAGCUACUUACUGUACAGAAGGAAUGUCAAAUGAAAGUAAUUAAUGAUAUCAACAAUUUGGUGCCUUUAUCACAGUAACAUUACAUGUCGGCCUUUUCUUUUGCUUUGCAUUUAUUUUACUCUGUCAAGUCAAUGCUUCAUACCUUUCACCAAAGGUAUACUGUAUACACAUGAACCCUGCUUAGACAACUUGAGUUAGUGUUUUCCUUUAUUAUAGUUUUUGAAUGUAUUUGUCUAUAGAUUCAUCAAACAUGUUAAUUUAAAAUCAUCACAACUGACCAACAGUUUUUAUUGAGUCUUAAUCAGUGUCUUAUGUUUAAUAAAAUAUAUGAUACAACCUGUUCAUUA